GGUAAGCAGGCUGGGUUGAGGUGGGGGGGGCGGUGACAGGGGGUGGGGUGGCGGCAGGCAGAUAUCGCCGGACAGGUGCCGAGAGCUGGCAGAUGGUCCAGCUCCCUCCUCGCGGCCUCCUGCUGCUCAUCAACAGCCCAGCGCGGUCCUUGGCCCUGCCCGUUGACCAGCAGGAGUGGGCCACCUGAGCCCCAGGGAGGACGAGGGGCGCUCCAGCCAGCGGAGUCGGGGUGCCCCGCGCGGCCCCACAGGUGCCAGUCCCACCCCCACCAUGGGGCUGACCUGGAAGCAGCGGGUCUUCAAGGCUCUGCUGGGUGCCGCUGCGGUCUCAGGCCUCACCGCGCUACUUCUCAUCCUGGUGGGGACCGUCAACGUCCUCCUGCCUACAGACACCAAGUUCGGGAUCGUGUUCGACGCCGGGUCCUCCCACACAUCCCUCUUUGUGUAUCAGUGGCCGGCCGACAAGGAGAACGACACGGGCGUGGUCAGCCAGGCCCUGGCCUGCCAGGCGGAAGGGCCUGGAAUCUCUUCCUAUGCCUCUGACCCUGCACGGGUCGGCGAGAGCCUGCAGGGCUGCCUGGAGGAGGCGCUAGCACUGAUCCCAAAGGCCAAGCAUCACGAGACACCCAUGUUCCUGGGGGCCACUGCCGGCAUGCGGCUGCUCAGCCUCAAGAAUCGCUCGCAGGCGGAGGACGUCUUCGCCGCGGUCAGCCAGGCCCUGGGCCAGUCCCCGGCAGACUUCCAGGGCGCAGAGCUCCUGACAGGGCAGGACGAAGGCGCCUUUGGUUGGAUCACCGUCAACUACGUCCUGGGCCUGCUGGUGAAGUACUCCUUCUCUGGAGAAUGGAUCCAGCCCCUGGAGGAGACGCUGGUGGGCGCCCUGGACAUGGGUGGGGCCUCCACCCAGAUUACCUUUGUACCUGGAGGCCCCAUCCUGGACAAGACCACCCAGGCCACCUUCCGCCUCUACGGCGCCGACCACACCGUCUACACUCACAGCUACCUCUGCUUCGGGCGCGACCAGGCGCUGAGCAGGCUGCUGGUCGAGCUGGUGCAGGCCAGCCCAGGCCUCCUGGUCCGCCACCCUUGCUACCACAGCGGCUACCGGGACACGCUGGCCCUGGCGCCCCUGUACGAGUCGCCCUGCAUCCUGGCAGCAGCGCCCCCGGACCUCAGCCAGAACCUCACUGUGGAGGGCACGGGGAACCCCGGGGCCUGCAUUGAGGCCCUCCGGAAGCUCUUCAACUUCUCCAGCUGUGACGGCCGAGCAGACUGUGCCUUCGCCGGGGUCUACCAGCCCCCCGUGCAGGGCCAGUUCUACGCUUUCUCCAACUUCUACUACACCUUCCACUUCCUGAACCUCACCUCCAGGCCGUCACUGAGCGAGGCCAACGCCACCAUCUGGGAGUUCUGCCUGCAGCCCUGGAAGCUGGUGGAGGCGAGCGCGCCCCCGGGCCAGGACCGCUGGCUGCGGGACUACUGUGCCUCGGGCCUGUACAUCCUCACACUCCUGGUCGAGGGCUACGGGUUCAGCGAGGAGACCUGGGGCGGCCUCGAGUUCCGCCAGCAGGCUGGCGGCACCGACAUCGGCUGGACGCUGGGCUACAUGCUGAACCUGACCAACCUGAUCCCGGCCGAGGCACCCGCGCAGUGGCGGGCGCAGAGCUUCAGCAUCUGGACAGCCGGGGUCGUCUUCGUGGUGCUGACACUCACGGCCACGCUGGGGGCCAUGGUGGUGCACGUCUUCUGGCUCCAGGACUAGGCCAGCGGCCCCUGAUGCCGGCCGCCGAGACCCAGCGCCCAGCCUGGCCACCUGGGCCGGCCCGUCCCCAUCAGGAGCUUCGGCCCUCAUCCUGGGGACUCCGGCCAGCCGUCAGACAACCUCCUUCUGCCCCCGGGGUCGCCCUGGCCAUGGAGGCUGCGGAGGUCCCAACCACAGCCGCUGGCCGCCAGCACCCCGGCCUGUCUCCCGGGAGCCUCUGCACAGAAGCCAGGCUGUCAGGACCCGUGCGGCACCUGGACUGUUGACGGCAGACUGACGUGUGUAGGGCUGGCUCGGGCCUGGGGUGGGCCAGCUCUUUGGGAAGGGUUGGCUGUGGGCCGUGGGGUCUCUGACAGAGCUGGUGUCCAGUUUCAUGGGGUUCUCCCGAGCAGCCCACCCACACCCCUGGAAGCCUGGUCAGGCCCUCUCAGCGGUCAAGCGCAGAGACAGGUCACACGUGGGAGGCAGAGGCCUUUAUUAAACCCUCCCCGCCCUGGCCUC